AUGAAGAAUGGAGGAGCUGACAAAGACCUGCAAGUCAGACAAGAUCCUUUGAUAAUAGUAGUAAUACUUAUCUAUACCAAAUCUCCCUUCUUUUUUCUCAAACUCAUCCGUACGAGGAUCCACCACCAGUCCACCAUAUCUACCUAUCAUAACAAUAUAUAUAUACAUGUCUUCUUUCUUUCUUCCUUCCUGAGAAACAAGUUAAAGUUAAGCAUGGAUUUGAUUCAGCAAUCCGAACAUCUAUGCUACGUUCAUUGCAACUUCUGCAACACUGUUCUUGCGGCGGGAAUUCCAUGGAAGAGGGCGGUCGAAACAGUGACAGUAAAAUGCGGGCAUUGCAGCAACCUAUCCUAUCUCAGCACCAGGCCUUCAUUUCUCCACCACCACACCCACUUCCUUUUACAGGAUCGCUGUCCAUCCACUUUUGUGGGUCAUCAAGUUUCCAGUGAAACCAGGAAACACCAGCCACCAUCUUCAUCUUUUUCGUCAUCCUCAAAGAUUAUCAAGUCUAUGUCGACUAACCCUAGCCAAGAGAGAGCACCAGUGGUUAAACCACCUGAGAAGAAACGCAGGCUUCCAUCUGCUUACAAUCAAUUCAUGAAGCAGGAGAUACAACGGAUCAAAGCGGCACAUCCUGAGAUACCACAUCGUGAAGCUUUCAGUUCUGCUGCCAAAAAUUGGGCGAGGUAUAUUCCAAGUUCUCCAUCAAUGACCACAAUGUCGACUCGUACCGGCCACCCAUAG